GUUUACUGUUUAUCAAGUGUGUAUAUUCCAAGUACCAACGGACACAACUUCCUUUCCGAUUGGAAGUCUCCUAGUGGCAUUCACAACGUUACUCGUAAGUCAACCAUAACGUUAAGAUGUCAGGAGGUUUAGACGUAUUGUCUCUCAAAGAGGACGAUGUUACCAAAAUGUUAGCUGCAUUUACCCAUUUGGGUGCAGAGAAUGUCAACUUUCAGAUGGAACAAUAUGUUUAUAAGAAAAAAAAUGACGGAGUUAGCAUCAUCAAUCUUUGUCACACUUGGGAGAAAUUGUUAUUGGCAGCACGUGCCAUUGUUGCCAUAGAACAUCCCAGUGAUGUAUUCGUCAUCAGUUGCCGUCAGACGGGUCAAAGGGCAGUUUUAAAGUUUGCUCAACACACUGGAGCUACACCUAUCGCUGGUCGUUUUACUCCCGGUGCUUUUACCAAUCAGAUUCAGUCUGCUUUCCGUGAGCCACGUUUGCUGAUCGUUACCGAUCCAUCCAGCGAUCACCAACCCAUCACAGAAGCCAGCUAUGUAAACAUUCCAGUGAUUGCUUUCUGUAACACUGACUCUCCUCUCCGUUUCGUCGACAUUGCUAUUCCCUGUAAUACAAAAAGUCUUCACUGCGUCGGUCUUAUGUGGUGGUUGUUGGCUAGAGAAGUCCUCAGAUUGAGGGGUUCUAUCGCUCGUGAAAGUAAAUGGGAUGUCGUCGUUGAUUUGUUCUUCUACAGAGACCCAGAAGAGGCUGAGAAGGAAGAACAAGCAGCGAAGGAAAUUGCUCCUGCUAAAGAAUUUACAGGACCCGUCGAAGUUCCACCCAGUACAGAACCUGGAUGGGUUAAUGACGUUGAAACUGCAGGUGCAGUGCCAACAGAAAAUUGGGCUGACGAUGUUGCACCACCAACGGCAGCAGCUCUUCCAACUCCGGGUGCUGCUCCAGCAUUCCCUGCAAGCGGAGACUGGGCUGCUCAGACUUCCGAAGAAUGGACAACCGCACCAACUGCUACCACCCAGAGCUGGGGAGGUGCUACACCUGAAAAGUGGUAAUCUCACUCUCUUUGAGAAUUUCAUACAAUGACACACUUUGUACAAUCAGUGUAAUAAAAUGAUUUAAAAUUUA